UCUUCAUAAUUAACUAACAAUCGUUCUUCAGAGUUCAGAGCGGAGAAAACUAGAAAAGAGGUAAUUACAUUCAGCUGCUGUUAAAUUUGGUCGGUGAAUCGAUUCGAAGAAGAUUGUGGAAUGGGGACUGCAACUUGUGUUGAUAUUCUGGUGGCGAUUCUUCUGCCUCCGCUCGGUGUCUUCCUCAAGUUUGGCUGCCAUGUUGAAUUCUGGCUGUGUUUGGUUCUGACGCUCUUUGGUUAUCUCCCUGGGAUCAUCUACGCCAUCUAUGCCAUCACCAAGUAAUUAAAGUUGGGUAUGGCAGAGUAGGGUGGGUGGGUAUAUUCCGUCUUUGCUGGAAAGUUGUGGUUGAUUUAAUUUGCUUUAUGGAUCCAGUUUGGCUGAUUGUCUCUUUCUUCUUUUUCUUUAUAUAUAUAUAUAUAUAUAUAUAUUUUAAAUAUUUCAAAAAACAUUCAGCAUGAUUUGAUUGUAUGUAUCAUAAUAUGUGAUUUAGAGUGUGUUUCUUUUGAUUACUUCGAAAAAAAUUUGGUUUAAAUUUGAUAUAAAAUUAAUGUUUGAUU